UCUUUCUCACACACACACACACACACACACAAAUUUACUUGUAUAAAUGCCCCACACAUACAAUAAUCCCCUUAUAAAACAAAACCCCCCAUAGCUUCCUCUUGCUCUCUAAACACACAUUUAUUAUACUCCCUUCGUUCCAAGCUACUUGCUUCAUAUUCCAUUUUAGUACAGCAUGACGGGGGUGGACUACGAAAACAAGCCAUCAUGCAACAAUACCGCCCCCUUAAAACUCUUCGGCUUCCACGUCACCGAAGAGGAAGACCAAGAAGAGGACUCCUCCGCCGCCACGCGGCCGGAUCCCCCCGGUGGCCGCCGAUACGAGUGCCAAUACUGCUGCCGCGAGUUCGCCAACUCGCAGGCCCUCGGCGGCCACCAAAACGCCCACAAGAAGGAGCGGCAGCAGCUCAAGCGCGCCCAGAUGCAAGCCACGCGCAACGCCGCCUUCUCCUACAUGCGAAACCCCAUCGUCUCCGCCUUCGCCCCGCCCUCCCACCUCCUCUCCCCCUCCCACUCGCCGCCGCCGUGGGUGUAUGCCCCACGCGCCCCGCCCCCCUUCCACGUGUCGCACGGAUGCGUCUUCUCCGCGGGCCCCUCCGCCUCCAGCGGGCCUAGUGUUGGACCUUCUUCGAAGCCCAUUUUGGGAUAUAAUGGGCCGUCGCUGAGUAGAUUUUCGAGUGAUAAUGGGCCUAGCUUUGACGAUGGGUUUGGGCUGGAUUUGCAUCUCAGCUUGGCUCCAGCCGCGCCGUGAGGACUCUCUCGGCUUCAAUCGGAUAUUUCUGUACAUUUUUUUCUUCUGAUUUAUUGAUUUAUUUUUCUUCUUCU